CCUGCCUGCCUGCCUGCCUGCCUUCCCUGCGCCCGCGCCCGCUUGCCUCGGCCUCCAGCCCGCCGGAAGAGGCUCUCGUCGCUCUCGGCCGUCGGGGGCCAUGCGGCGCGGCGUCCUGCUGGCGCUCUUCGCUCUGGGCUACGCGGGCUACCUGCUGCUGGGCGCGCUGGUCAUCUCGGCCGUGGAGCGGCCCUACGAGAGCCGGCUGCGGGCCGAGCUGCGGGCGCUCAAGGCCGCCUUCCUGCACGACAGCCCGUGCCUGCCCGAGGCCGCCCUCGAGCGCUUUCUGGGCGCCGUGCUGAGCGCCAACCGCCACGGCGUGGCCCUCCUGCGCAACGGCUCAGCCGCCCCGUCCAACUGGGACUUCGCCUCCGCUUUUUUCUUCUCCAGCACCCUGAUUACCACCGUCGGCUAUGGCUACACCACACCCCUCUCGGAUGCGGGCAAGGCCUUCUGCAUCUUCUACGCGCUGCUGGGCGUCCCCUUCACCAUGCUGGUGCUGACUGCCACCGUGCAGCGCCUCAUCAGCACCUUCACCUCUGGGCCCCUGGAGUACCUGGCCCUGCGCUGGGGGCACAGCCGGCGGGCCUGGUCCUGCGGGCAUCUCCUCCUGCUGGCCCUGGUGGUGCUGGCCGCCUUCUUCCUGGUGCCUGCCGCCAUCUUCAGCACGCUGGAGGAGUCCUGGAGCUACCUGGAUGCCUUCUACUUCUGCUUCAUCUCCCUCUGCACCAUCGGCCUCGGGGACUACGUCCCUGGAGAGCAGCCGGGGCAGCGCCUGCGCCCCCUCUACAAAGUCUCCAUCACUGUUUACCUGCUCUUGGGACUCAUGGCCAUGCUGCUGCUGCUCCAAACCUUCCACAAGGUGGCGGAUCUGCACGGCCUCUCGGACCUGGUCUUGCUGCCCCGGGACUCGCCCCAUGAGGACCACGAGCGCAUCCUGGAGGACCACGAGCCUCCCUCAGAGCCGGGCCAGGCGGAGAAGGCACCGGUGCAGCUGAACGCUGGAGGGCAGGCCAAUUACUCUUCUAUCAACAGAUAGCCCCAGGGCUGCAGCGCCUGGACAGAGACCAAAGCCUGCCAGAGAACCCUCACGCCAACUGCUGCCCCCUUGUGCGUUUUUACUCCCCUCCUGGUUUUCUGGGCCUCUUUCCAGUUUUUGAAACGUUCCUCCUACUAGUUCAAGCUUCCUGGCUCUGUGUGCACAUUAAGUAGGCAGUGGGACUGCUGGUCAGUCUGUCUUUUGGGGGUGGGGAAGUCCAGCUGGGGUCUAGGAGGUGAACAAGAUCCAGUUCUGGGGCCUGAACAAUUUCUUCUGAGAUUUCGUGGGGGUGGUUCAGAUUGAUCUUCGUAGGAAACGCAGCCAUCCCCCAUUGCCCUCCCCGUCCCAUUGGGGCAAGUAGAAUCCUGCAUUUCAGCUUGGUGCUUCUGAGAACUGGCCGGCCGGUUUGCCAAGCUGGCACUGCUAAUUAAUUGGGGCUGGGAGGUGGGGGGAGGCAUCUUGGCCACUGAAAAGGUUCAACCAAGCCCUCUUUGGAAGGCCAGCUGCCGCGUGGCCCUUCUCUCUCAGGGGUCGGAAACGUUACUGGGGCAGGCUGCUUCCCACCCCACCGUUUCUGGAUCUUGCAGAUCAUCUUGUGGUUUCAGUUUAAUAUAGCUAUAAAAGUGGCUUUUAUUCUUCCAUGACGUUGUUGUCAACUGAGAUCAGCUUUGCAAAAGCUGAGCUGCCACAGCCAAAGACCUGCUGCGCCAUGAGGGGAUCAGCCUCCAUUCAGCUAGCACUUGAGAACUGAAACAAAGUGGGCAAAAAUAUCUGUGUGUGUGUGUGCGUGUGUGUAAUGGAAAUCGUCUGAUUUGGUUCUGGGCAAUAUGAAGGGCUUCGCUCGUUCUUUUGCUUUUAAUCUACAUUUUAAUAUUGUAUGGAAUGAAUGGAAAACAUUUCAGUGA